UAAGACUUUGUUUUACCGCCCUACGUCAUAAAUGUGGUCUGGACAUCGGUUAGCGAGGCUGUUCUCCCGGUGUGGCCGUGAACGCCUCAUGCCUGCUGCCAACUUGUCCUUGUUUAGCGCAUUGAGUGUUGUUGUUAGUAAAACACCGUGGGGUCGUCCACUUGCCGAGCUCCGCUUUUGUGAAUGAAUAACGAUGCGGUGGGGACGCCAGUUAGCGUGACCCGGCUCCACAGUGGGGUGGGGGGGAGACCAGCCGCGGAUGAGAGCGAUUGACGGCGGAGCGGAGCGGAGCCGCGGCUGGCUCACUGCGGAAAAAGGCGAGCCUGACUGCCGCAGACUGGCGUGUAAACGCACCGUGAGGAGGACACGCUCCGUAGCGUAGAAGAACAAGAGCACCGUGACCACAAUGUCCAUUCACAUUGUGGCUCUGGGGAGCGAGUGUCCUGGCGGAGUCGGGACCGGAGAAGAGAUCAUGGGCCAAGGCCAGCUACAAGGAGGGUUGCUGUGGAGCUACCUUGGUCACGGGGUCCUGGUGGGUCCAGGUGAUGUGGAGAACAGGCUUCACAACCCGGCCUUCAUGGAGUACACCUCACGUGUCUUUGGAGAUGUCAGUGUUGUGGUCCAGGACUGUCCCAGCUGGGACCUGUUGGACAGCGACUGGGCCAGCGUACGGAAAGUUCUUGAGCAGGCCGACAUCCUGGUUAUUAAGUACUCAGUGACAGACAAGCUGGCCUUCCAACAGGUCAGAAACGGUUACGCCCCAAGGCUUCGCCCCCUUCUGAGGCACUGGGGUGUGCCUGUCAUCCUGGUUGCGGUCGGAGCACGGCUAAACGACGAGGGUCCGCCCUGUACGUGCCCGCUGUGUGCGUCUGACUGGAGCAGCUGUGUGCCUCACAGUGAAGGUUUGCAGCUGUCCCGGGACCUGGGGGCCACCUACCUGGAGCUACCCUCACUCAACCAUGUGUUCGUGGGUCGCUACUUUGGCAGCGUGUUGGAGUACUUCAUGAUCCAGUGUCUGAAACACAAAGUCAAAGAGAAGCCAGAGAAGAGGCGAGGAAAUAAAGUCAACGAACUUCGUCCGCCUCACUUGGAGCAACCAGCUCGCCUUCCUCCUAUUCGAGUGGAGGAGUCGAGCUUCUCCCAAGACAUGCAGUGGUUGCUGGAACGUGGCGUACAGUUCGCCGACGUGGCCUUCUACGCAGGGGACACUGGGAAAGAACUGGGAUGGGCUCAUGCGUCUGUGCUCUGCGCUGUGAGCCCGUAUUUCAGACAGCUGCUCCUGGGGCCCAAGACUAGGGAACGACCACAGUCCCGCUGUGUCUGCAGGGAGAGGGAUGGAGCACCCCAUUCUUUACUCUCCACCUGGGACGGGGGAAUUAUUGAUGACAUGCCCAGGUCAGACGGACACCUGGCUGGUCGCCUCUCUCGUCUGGUGGUGAAGGAUCCCCUUUUGUGUAUGUGCUUAUGGGAGACUCUCAUGUUCAUCUAUAGAGGAGCGUGGGAGUGGGAGCACCUCCAGGAGGCCUUGGAAGAGAAGCUGAAGAACUCACAUGCCGUGGCUCAGCUUAUGGAGCGCAUACGAUCUCUUAUCGGCAGAGAGAGGGGAGCCAGAGACACCCCGAGCGCACGGGCAGCCCAGCUCGCCCCCCAGACGCUGGUCAACCUCUUCAAUUCUCCUCUUUACUCGGACGUCAUCUUCAUGGUGCAGGGGAGCGUAUUGCCAGCUCACCGAGCAGUCCUGGUAGCACGCUGUGACGUCAUGGCGGCCAUGUUUAGUGGGAAGUACGCAGAGGCCCGUAGCCGAGUGGUGCCCAUCCAUGGCGUCUCCUCAGAUACCUUCCUGUCGUUCCUGGAGUACCUCUACACUGACUCUUGCUGUCCUGCGAGUGUAUUGCAGGCCAUGGCUGUGCUGGUGUGUGCGGAGAUGUACCAGGUGAAACGACUGCAGCACCUGUGUGAGGUGUGUGUGUGCGCUUACCUUCAGAGCAUGCCCAGCAGAGAGCUGGCGUCAACGGGCAUCAGCGUGGUUCGACUGCUUCGUCGGGCAAAGUGCCACAAUGCAGAGCAGCUGUAUGUUUGGCUCCUCCACUUCAUUGCCAACAACUACCUAAUCUUCAGUCACAAACCCGACUUCUUGGAGCUCUCAGAGGAGGAGCGGGAGCAGGUGGAGAGGCUACGUUGGCCAUCCAGAGGAUAUUUACAGGAGCUCAGCGAGUAUCAGCAGCGGCGGCGUAAAUUACGCAAGUCUCGCUGUAUCGUCAUGUGACGUCACCUGGACAAAAAAAAGGAGAAUAAUGCAGGGAAAAACAAGAACAUUGAGAAACACCGUGAAUUUUUUUUUUUUACUGAGGAAAUGUCAUCAGUCCCUUUACUGGAAGAAAAGCAUCAGGAAGUAGCGACUUUCCAGUCACAUUCACAUGCCUCUUUUAGCCUGCACAUCAUUUGUAUAAUGACGGUUCCAUUAAGGGCAUUUAAAAUGACUAACCCCUUAACACCGUUCCAUGGAAGAUUCCAUUUCAAGUUGUGGGGGAUGGAAGGAAAUGACUCGCAUUAUGUGGACAAAUGCUGGACAUCUCAUCAGGUUAUGUGCUUGCUCUUGGUAAUAAUGAAUGACCUGGCAAGCAAGCAGGAAGCUCUUGUGGUUUCUUUUUCUACUCAACGCCUGCCAUGUCAGGAUGUGUAACUCCCAUGUACUAGACACGAGUAAAUAUUUGCAUAUGAUGCAUUUACCGGUGUCUCGGUGAAGGUAAAAAAAAAAAAUAUACAGUGAAGAAAAUAAGUAUUUGAACACCCUGCUAUUUUGCUAUUUCUCCCACUUAGAAAUCAUGGAGGGGUCUGAAAUUUUCAUCGUAGGUGCAUGUCCACUGUGAGAGAGAUAAACUAAAAAGAAAAAUCCAGAAAUCACAAUGCAUGAUUUUUUUAACAAUUUGUGUGAUACAGCUGCUAAUAAGUAUUUGAACACCUGAGAAAAUGAAUGUUAAUAUUUGGUACAGUAGCCUUUGUUUGCUAUUACAGAGGUCAAACGUUUCCUGUAGUUUUUCACCAGGUUUGCACACACUGCAGGAGGGAUCUUGGCCCACUCCUCCACACAGAUCUUCUCUAGAUCAGUCAGGUUUCUGGGCUGUCGCUGAGAAACACGGAGUUUGAGCUCCCUCCAAAGAUUUUCGAUUGGGUUCAGGUCUGGAGACUGGCUGGGCCAUGCUAGAACCUUGAUAUGCUUCUUACGGAGCCACUCCUUGGUUUUCCUGGCUGUGUGCUUCGGGUCGUUGUCGUGUUGGAAGACCCAGCCACGACCCAUCUUCAAUGCUCUGACAGAGGGAAGGAGGUUGUUCCCCAAAAUCUCACAAUACACGGCCCCAGUCAUCCUCUCUUUAAUGCAGUGCACUCGUCCUGUCCCAUGUGCAGAAAAACACCCCCAAAGCAUGAUGCUACCACCCCCAUGCUUCACAGUAGGGAUGGUGUUCUUCGGAUUGUACUCUUCAUUCUUCUUCCUCCAAACACGCUUAUUGGAAUUAUGACCAAAAAGUUCUAUUUUGGUCUCAUCUGACCAUAAAACUUUCUCCCAUGACUCCUCUGUAUCAUCCAAAUGGUCAUAUGCAAACUUAAGACGGGCCUUGACAUGUGCUGGUUUAAGCAGGGGAACCUUUCGUGCCAUGCAUGAUUUCACAUCAUGACGUCUUAGUGUAUUACCUACAGUAACCUUGGAAACGGUGGUCCCAGCUCUUUUCAGGUCAUUGACCAAGUCCUGUCGUGUAGUUCUGGGCUGAUUCCUCACCUUUCUUAGAAUCAUUGAGACCCCACGAGGUGAUAUCUUGCAUGGGGCUCCACUCCGAUUGAGAUUGACCGUCAUGUUUAGCUUCUUCCAUUUUCUAAUGAUAGCUCCAACAGUGGACCUUUUUUCACCAAGCUGCUUGGUAAUUGCUCCGUAGCCCUUUCCAGCCUUGUGGAGGUGUACAAUUUUGUCUCUGGUGUCUUUGGACAGCUCUUUGGUCUUCGCCAUGUUACAAGUUAAAGUCUUACUGAUUGUAUGGGGUGGACAGGUGUCUUUAUGCAGCUAACGACCUCAAACAGGUGCAUCUGAUUCAGGAUGAUACAUGGAGUGCAGGUGGACUUCUAAUGGGCAGACUAACAGGUCUUUCAGGGUCAGAAUUCUAGAUGAUACACAGGUGUUCAAAUACUUAUUUGCAGCUGUAUCACACAAAUAAAUUGUUAAAAAAUCAUGCAUUGUGAUUUCUGGAUUUU